GAUCUUCCAUAAGCCCUAUAUUUUCGAAGAUGUGUAUUAAACCAUGCUCUCCAGAUCUCAUGUCUCCGUCUCACAUAUUUAAGGUUUGAGGAUGGAAGGCACUCAAGGCAAUGAAGGCACAAUAUUCACCCCUGCUUUAGAAAAAAUGAAACACAUAAAAUCGGAGAAUGGAGAAAUGCUUACCGAACCAUUCUUAGAAGUUUGCAAGCUGAUCUUGCCUGUUAUCGACAAGUUUGGUUCAUCCAUGGCAAUUGUGAAAUCUGAUAUUGGUGGAAAUAUAAAGAGGCUGGAGGAUAAUUUCAAAAAAGAUCCUAAGAAGUAUGUGGCUUUACAUAGCAUUGUAAAAGAAGAAGUUGAGGCAAAGACAGCAAAGGGUUCAUCAAGUUGCACUAAUGGCCUUCUUUGGUUAACCAGGGCAAUGGAUUUCUUAGUGAAACUGUUCCGGAAUUUAUUAGAUCAUGCCGAUUGGACUAUGACAAAAGCUUGCCAAAAUUCAUAUUCCGAAACACUGAAAAAAUUUCAUGGCUGGCUUGCUAGCUCUGCUUUUACGGUUGCAAUGAAUCUUGCUCCCGAGAGGAACAAAUUUAUGGAAGUCAUUGGUGGGACUGCUGCUGUUAAUAAUAUCGACAUCGAGAACUUCUGCAAAACAUUUUCACCCUUCCUCGAAGAGAACCACACAUUUUUGAAGAGUGUUGAAAUGAAUGAACUUAAAGCCUGAAAGAGAGAGGGAGAGAGAUGCUUAUUAUUUUACCAGUAAUAGCACACAGGUCUACAAAGAGCCAUUAAUGCACACUGAUGGAUCAAAGCAGAGUCUGCCUCUUUUUUUCACCCUCUUUAUGUUCUUACUUCUUUUUUUUGUUUGCAUUAUGUUCUUGUUACUAAUAUAUACACAGUUUCUCAAAAUAUACACAGUACUCCGUAUAAAAUACUCCUUUCCAAAAUUAAGUUGUGUGUUUAUU